UGUUGUGUAAGAAUUGAUGUAAUGUGGCAUGUCAUAAAAGAGAAAAAAUAAGUUUUUUAAAAAUGAAUCAAAAAAAGAAGAGUGAAAGAAAUGGAACUUUUAAAUCUGCCUUACCUUCAGUGUGGACGAGGACAUUUACUCCAUGCUCUAGGUGGCCUGAUAAGGAUGAAUUUUUAGAUGUAAUUUAUUGGGCACGUCAAAUUCUCGGAGUUGUCAUAGGAUUAGCUUGGGGUUUGGUGCCAUUGAAAGGAAUAAUAGGUCUGUUGUCAUUUUGUAUAAUAAAUGCCGUAAGUCUUUAUACAUAUUCCACUGCCUUCCAAAAAGUUGAUGAAGAAGAAUUUGGUGGAGCCUGGGAACUAAUGAAAGAAGGUUUCAUGACAUCAUUUGCAAGUUUUCUCGUAACAUGGAUCAUGGUAUACUCGGCCACUCAUUUUGAUUGAUGUUUUAGAUUAUAGACAUUAUCUUCUAUAUGACUUGAAACCAACAUCUUCAUAGAAAAAUUCAUGCAAAAGCCUGUCUAUUUUUUUACUAUUAGCCUAAGAAAACCUUGAAACAGGGCUUGAUUUCUACAGCUUAUGGCUGUAAUUUGGUGAUUUACUGAAUGAAAUAAGUGUUAGAGGCUAGAAACGAGAUUCUGGCUGGCUGCAAAGAUGUUGAUUACAGUUGAAAUUUAUAAAUUGUACAAAAUCAGAAAUAAAAUUUCUGGUCUUUCUAGGUUUAUAGAUUUAUAUAUGUAAUUCAUAAAUGUCAGAAGGUUUGAUAUAAAUAAAAAAAAUUAUUUAAACAUUUUA